AUGUCUGUAGCAGCAUCAUUCGAGAUUCAUCGUAUAACACCAGAAAUUGUUCCUAUAGCACCCAUUAAACUGCUAACAGUAACUUUUGAUAACAAUGUUCAGGUAUUUCGAGGAAAUCUGUUGUCACCAGCUGUUGUCAAAAAUAAACCAACAGUAACUUGGGAUAUUGAUUAUGAUUCCUAUUAUACAUUGAUUAUGAUAGAUCCUGAUGUUCCAUCUAAAGCAAAUCCAGAAUUUCGUGAAACUUUGCAUUGGUUAGUGAUAAACAUUCCAAUUGACGAAGUUAGUAAAGGUGAUCUUAUUGCUGAUUUCUUACCGUCUAAUCCAUCGCCUAAAACAGGUUUACAUCGUUACGUCUUUCUGUUGUAUAAGCAAAAACGAAAAUUGUCGAACAUUCAGCCGAUAAGUUUUGAGGAACGAAAAUGUUGGCAUGCAGCUAGAUUUGCCGGCCAAAAUGGCCUUGGUAAUCCAAUUGCAGGCAAUUUCUAUCAGGUAUUAUUAUAA